AUGUCGUCGCCCAGGCCAUCCUACUGGUGCUACCGCUGCAAUCGAUUCGUCCGUGUGUGGAGCCAGGCGCAGGAAGACGACGAUCCAGUCUCGUGUCCGAAUUGCGAGAGCGGGUUUGUGGAGGAGAUCGAGAAUCCUCCGCAGAUGACUCCGAUGGAGACGCGCCCCCACCGGCGGAGUUUCCCCGCGGCUAUGUUCAUGCCGGAGCCGAGACGAGCCGGCGGGGGCCGAGGAGGUGGAGGUAGGCGGAACGGCGGAGGUGGCGACAGAUCGCCGAUUAAUCCGGUCAUCGUGCUCCGCGGCGGAGCCGACAGUGGGAGCCAGAGUGGGAAUAGCUUCACCAGUACCGGGAACGGGAGCGGCGAGGGAGGAGGCCGUGGAUUCGAGCUGUAUUACGACGACGGAGCCGGUUCUGGAUUGAGGCCGCUGCCGCCGAGCAUGUCGGAGUUUCUGCUCGGAUCUGGAUUUGAGCGGCUGUUGGAUCAGCUCUCGCAGAUCGAAUUGAACGGUUUGAGUCGGUACGACCAUCCCCCGGCAUCGAAGGCGGCGAUUGAAUCGAUGCCGACGGUAAUCAUCAGCGAGAAGCACACAUCCACGGAGUCUCACUGCGCGGUGUGUAUGGACGCUUUCGAAAUCGAAUCGGAGGCCCGGGAAAUGCCCUGUAAGCAUCUGUACCAUUCCGAUUGCAUCCUCCCCUGGCUCUCUCUCCGCAACUCGUGCCCGGUCUGCCGCCACGAGUUGCCCGCAGCGGACGAGGACCGAUCCGUCGGCGAGCAGAGCGCGGCGGAGACCGUCGAGGAGGAAGCGGUCGGGCUGACCAUCUGGAGGUUACCAGGCGGCGGGUACGCGGUGGGGCGGUUCACUGGAGCCAUGAGGGGAGAAAGGGAUCUCCCCGUGGUCUACACAGAGAUGGACGGGGGAUUUAACAACACCAACACCAUCGGUGGCUUGCCUCGGCGGAUCUCGUGGGGAUCGAGAGGAAGCCGUACCCGGAGGGACAACAGCGGUGCCGGCAGCGGCAGCAGCCGCGGCGGCGUGUUGGGCCUUGGCCGGGUUUUCCGGCACUGGUUUGCUUGUUUCGGCAUGUCGGAAAGCGCAGAUUCGAGAUCUAGACGGAUGGCCGGUCGGUCGCCGUCUUUCAUCGUGACGACCUCUUCGGCGAGGAGGAAUCGGUGA